GCCGAUAUCCCUGCUCGGCCGUCCGGGAAAUCAGCAGGCGGUGGAAGUGAGUGUCGAGACCCUUCUUUUUCCUGAUCGCAGUAGGUGCCUGGUGUUGCGUUCAGUUUGAUUCUCUGGUCGGAGAAACGAGACGCGCGCGGAACUUUGGAUCGCGCAAUAUGUUUCGUGGAUAAACGAGAACGUUUGCGUCUUUGUGGCAACGAUUCGAGGACGACCAACUUCAGGCUACCAUGGAAAGCUGAGUCAUCCGCCCAAUUAGGCCAUGGAUACCAUUCUCAAAAACUCGACGCUGCCGUCGGAAAGCAACGACCUUAUCAUCGCCAAAGUGGUCGCGAUGGCGGUGCUGGGACUGUCGUCCUUUCUUCUCGGCGUCCUUCCGCUCAAACUGUCCAAACUGACGUCACUUAAAUCGAUAGACGGGGACAAAAACCUGCUCAUCUCCCUGCUGUUGUGCUUUGGAGGAGGCGUCCUGCUCUUCACCACAUUCAUCCACCUGCAGCCAGAAGUGCGGGAGUACUUCAGUUCUCUUCAACGGCAACAUCGUAUUCCCGAAAUCGGUUUUCCCAUCUCCGAGGUAGUUUUCUGUGCGGGGUUCUUCUUUGUUUACCUCGUCGAGGAGCUCGUCCAUCUGUUUUUGGACAAGAAGGUGCACAAUUCUGUCCUUCACCGCUCGUUGUCCGUGCGUUGCAGCUCGAGGAAGAGCGAGAACAUGGCGAUCCCGCGCGUGACGCUCACCAAAAUCGACGACGGUACCAUCAGUUACAUAUCCAGCUCUAACAAGGACCUGCUUGAUUCGCAAACGACGAUCGGUUUCGAGAAACACGCAAACCACGCCCACCACAGCCUCGACGACGCCAUCAAGAACUCCUUCAGCGGGUUCCUCGCGGUGCUUGCGCUUAGUUUUCACGCCGUUUUCGAGGGCCUUGCCGUAGGGCUCGAGAGUAGCGUCCAAAAGGUGUGGUACCUGUUUGCGGCCAUCGCCACUCACAAACUGGUGAUCGGGUUCUGUGUCGGGAUCGAACUUGUCACGUCCAAGACCAAAACCUUGCUGGUGGUGCUCUAUAUUGGCACCUUCGCCGUGGUUACGCCACUGGGUAUCGGAAUCGGCAUCCUGCUGCGGGAAACUGAGAGCGACCAAGAGGACAUCACCUGCGUGGUCCUGCAGGGCAUGGCGGCCGGUACAUUGCUCUACGUGGUCUUCUUCGAGGUGCUAUCGCGGGAACGCGGCAACCAGCACAGCGGCAUCUGGCAGCUGCUCGCCAUUUUGGCUGGAUUCGUUGUCAUGUUUGCCUUGCAAACUCUGACUGGACACGAUCAUGGUCACGGAGGCGCUGGGGACCAUCCCCACCACCAUCACCAUGAACACCAUUAGCAGAAGUCACGACCAGGAUGGACAUUUAACUAAGUCACGGAAAACGGUUCUGGGGUGCCGAAAAAACGUGACUUUAAAGUAAAUGUUGCCAAAUGUGACUUAAAGUGAUACUUCGUUUAGUGACGCGGCAAGUGACAGAUAAGGUUGUUCUAAAUCUUACAAACUUUUUAUUUCGCUUUUUAUUUUUAUUUUGUUUAACCAAAUCUCAGAAGCAUUUGGUUUGAUAAAUAAAUUUUGUAAAUCAG